AAAGAAAGGAUAGGCGGGAGCUAGUCAGCCCACGGUUCUUCUUUGUGGACAAUGACUCCAAUUGUUAGGGCGGAGAGACAUGUAAUUUUGUCAGUAUACCCAUAAUCUUUGCUGUAACAUAGUUAGAACAAUUCCAUCAAGGACACUGUAUCCAGUUUCACUAUUUGCCACAAAGUCAAAAUUGUCUAGGCCUACAGUAUAUCAAAACAAUUCAUGAAAACAAAAUUGUGCUUUUUGGUCUUAAUUUAAGGUUAGGCAUAAGGUUAGUAGUGUGGUUAAGGUUAGGGUUAUGUAAUCAGAUUUUAAUAAGAGUAAUUGUAGUAAUAUGCAAGGUUUAUGACUUUGUGGGCUGUGUUAACUUGGGAACCAGGCGCCGGUGACGCUAGCAAUCUGAUUUGUUGGUCGCACUCACUCAAGAGCACCACGGCGCAAGCGAGUAUAUGAUAUGGGACGAAGAAAACGGUCAUUGCCUGUUCAGCAGGAAAAAAUUGAGGAUUUGGAGGCAAAACAUGCACGAAUUGAGGAAUCUGAUGGAUGGACGGGUGUCAACGAGCACAGCUUCAUAGCUGUGAAACCGGAUGGUGUGCACCGGAGGCUAGUGGGAGAGAUCAUCCGGCGCUUUGAGAAAAAGGGCUUCAGAUUGGUGGGAAUGAAACUAGUCCAGGCGUCCGAGGAUCUCCUGAGAGAGCACUACUGGGACCUGAGAGACAAACCCUUCUUCAAUGGAUUGGUGCGCUACAUGAGCUCUGGACCCAUCGUUGCCAUGGUGUGGCAAGGUCUGGAUGUGGUGAAGAUGUCUCGCAAGAUGCUGGGAGAGACCAACCCGGCAGACUCCCUACCAGGAACCAUCAGAGGAGACUACUGUAUGGAAGUGGGCAGGAAUGUGAUCCAUGGCAGUGACUCUGUGGAGAGCGCUCAGAGAGAGAUCUCUCUGUGGUUCAGGCAGAAUGAGCUACAGUGCUGGGAGGACAGCAGCGGACACUGGAUCUACGAGUGACACACACACACCACUUGUAGACCACCUAAGUGCCUUCAGAAACUAUUCACACCCCUUUUUCCACAUUUUGUUUUUCCAAGCGGGAUUGAAAUUGAUUUAAUUCUCUUUUUCUGUCAACGGUCUACACAAUACUUUGUCAAAGUGAAAGAAAUUCUAACAUAUGUACAAAUAUCUAUGAAAAAUAGAACACUAAUAUCUUUGAUAAGUAUUCAUACCCCUGAGUCAAUACAUGUUAGAAUAACCUUUGGCAGCAAUUACAGCAGUUAGUCUUUCUGGGUAAGUCUCUAAGAGCUUUGCACACCUGGAUUAUACAAUAUUUGUACAUUAUUCUUUUGAAAAUUCUUCAAGAGCUGUCAGGUUGAGUGUUGAUCAUGCUAGACAGCUAUUUUCAAGUCUUGCCAUAUUUUCAAGCUGUUUUAAGUGAGAACUGCAACUAGGCCACUCAGGAACAUUCAAUGUUGUCUUGGUAAGCAACGCCAUUGCCUUCAGAAAGUAUU